ACCCUCUCAAGAUAACAAAAAUAACACACGAAAGUACCUAAGAGAAAAUGAGUCCUUUCUUCUCUUUCAUUCUUCCAACCCUCUUCCUCUCCUUCCUGACCUCAACCCACCCCAUCAAUGGCCAGAACUUGAUAAACAGAACGUGCAAAACGAUCACACGUGGUGAUCCAAACAUCGGGUACAACUUUUGCACAACUUCUCUACAGGCAGCACCAGCCAGCCAGUGUGCAAGUUUACCAGGGCUCGGAAUUAUCUCGAUCAGACUCGUACGUUACAACGUCACAGAUACACGUUGUCAUAUCAAACACCUGAUGAAACACAGGAAAUUUGAUCCUUAUUCAAAACCAUAUUUGAAGGAUUGCUUUGAACUUUUUUCUAAUGCAAUCUCUUCUGUGAAGCUGGCCAUGAAAUAUUACAAUUCGAAACGAUAUGAUGAUGCUAAUAUACAAAUAAGUGGUGUAAUGGAUGCUACUACAACUUGCGAAGAUGGAUUUAGCGAGAGAGAAGGGUUAGUUUCUCCACUGACAAAGAGAAAUCGUAAUACGUUUGAACUUGCUGCUGUCGUACUCUCUAUUAUGCAAGAGAUUCAAAAAGGAUCAAAUGUCUGAUUUUUUAUCAGCGAUGUUAUGAUUAAUUACAUUUUCACGAUCAUUUAAGUUUCUUGUUUACAUGGGA